AGAUUUUGACCAAUCAGCGCUCCAGAAGGUGGGGUUUACCUACCGCAGAAAGUUGAAGAGCAACAUCUCUACUGGAGUACGGUUGCAGAUCAACAUCACUGUUGCAGCACUGUUGCCUCGGUUUAACAGAGCAGGGCGACACUUUUGAACCCAUUGUCAAAGGCUACACUUUCCAACGAGCAGGUGUCUGUCUACAAGUCGGCUAUACAUCUUCCACAUCAAGAUGAUGGCGUGCACAAAGAUGAUCACUAUGUGCCUUCAGUCGGCGAAAAAUAAGCACCUUCGCUCUCAGCAGGAACAACCGCAGCCACUGCAUAGCCCUGUUAAUGGACUUCCAAUUUUCAAAGAUAUUUUCUGCCGCGCUGACAAAAACGAUGAUGGAAAACUGUCGUUUGAUGAGUUCAAUGCUUAUUUCGCAGACGGGAUUCUCACCACUGAGGAGUUGCAGGAGCUCUUCUACUCCAUAGAUGGGCGGCAGAAUAACAACCUAGAUACCGACAAACUAUCAGAUGACUUUGCUCAACACUUGGGGGGAUAUGUGAAUGUCCUCUCUGCUCUGGAGAUCCUAAAUGUUGCCAUCUUGGAGGCUAUGAACAAAACUAAAAAGGAGUACCAGGACUACUCUGUGCUGGGACAGUUUGUGACCCGCUUCAUGCUGAGGGAGACCUCCAGCCAGCUGCUCUCUCUCCAAAUGUCCCUGCAGUGUGCUAUGGAGGCCGUGGAAGAGCAGAGCAGGCCGGCACCGAGAGCGGUGGAGGUGGCGGAGCAUCCCUCAGUGCAGAGAAACAGCAGACGAUGUGGCCGCAAGUUUCAGAAGAACAUGUGCCUCUCCCCUACCCACCCCUAUUCAGGCAUCCUCACUACAGGAGUGGCCAUGGAGAUUGAUGACCACUGGUGCUCCCAGAUCAACAGGCUCCAGCAGCUAUUGGACAAGCUGGAGUGGCAGGGUCCAAAGUUGGAACUUCUGAAAGAAGAUACGCUGGCCAGUACAUACAAAUCUAACAUCCUGCUGGUGCAGACGCAGAUGACGGCAACGGAGGACCUCGAGGAGUUCCAGAAGCUGCUCAAGAGCUAUGUGGACGCCACGUCCAACCACAGCGACAACUUGCAUGUGUCUAUCCAGAAGCUCGCGGGAAAGUCGUGCUACAUAAUGUAUGAGUUUUGGCAGGAUCGUAUCUCCUGGAUGAGCUUGUUGCUGUGUUCCUGUCAUUCCCAAGCCACCUGCAGUCCAAUGCCAGUAAGAAAUUCCAGCGCUGUGUCAUUGAUACAUUGGAGGAUUCCGAGCUUGUGUCUACCAUGCUGCUCCCAGGUAAACUCACAGCAUCCUGGUGGAUUAUGACUGACUAACGAGCAGCAGACCAUGUAUCCCGCCCCCACAUACACACAACACAACCUCAAGACAAGAAAUUCAACAUUUCAUCCAAGUGUUUCGGUUCAAAGCUACCGGACACGGAAAACUGCAUUAAAACAGCGUCUUGCGGCAUCAUUCUUAUGUACCAGUCAAAAGUUUGCACACACCUUCUCAUUCACGGGUUUUUCUUUGUAUUGACUAUUAUCUACACUGUAGAAUUAUAGUGAAGACAUCAAAACUAUGAAUAACACAUAUGGAAUCAUGUAGUAACCAAAAAAGUGUUAAACAAAUCAAAAUAUAUUUUAAAUUUUAGAAUCUUCAAAGUAGCCACCCUUUGCCUUGAUGACAGCUUUGCACACUCUUGGCAUUCUCUCAACCAGCUUCAUUAGGUAGCCAAGAGUGUGCAAAGCGUUUGUGUUAUUUCAUAGUUUUAAUGUCUUGACUAUUAUUCUACAAUGUAGAAAAUAGUACAAAUAAAGAAAAAGCCUUGAAUGAGUAGGUGUGUCCAAACUUUUGACUGGUACUUUAUAUACAUAAUAUUUUUCUCUUUAAUACUACUAGUCACCUAGAAAUUUUAAGAAGUUGGCUUCAGCUAGCCGAGGUAGGUUCCCAAUCUCCCAAACUCAUAACUACGGUAGCUACCAAGGAGCUGUUUCAGGCUAUCAAUCAAGUUAGUUAGACAAGCUAGCUACUCUAUCUUAACUGGCAUGCCUGCUGGCAAGGUUGGUAGACUUUAAAAAAGCAUGCAAUUACUAAAUGUGCUGAAUAAGACUCAGAUUCCUUUCAAUCUUUUACCCAUAUUUUAGAAGUGAUACAGAGAAGCAUAUUUAGUUUCUUUAAAAAAAAAAUAGCCACCAGUUCAGGAGGUACAGACAGCAUUAGGCAUAAUGAUUAUGGGUCUAGAUUGCACAAAAAGCUGUUUCAGGUGUUUGAAAAAUGCAAAAGUCUCCAACCCCCAGCCAUGCUCAAGGUGAAUGGCGCCCCUGCCAUCGACUAAGACUGGUCAUUACCGUAAUGUGCUGUUUGUUUGAAAAAAAGGGGCAAAGCAAAAGCAGCAGACAUGAAAGUGAUUCGCAAAAGCCAAUGGCGAUUUUUUUUUACAGCUAGAAUUCAUCACAUGGCUUGAAUCAAAGACACUAGUUUAGUCAUAGUGCAUUUCAACAGCAUGAAGAUAUUAUGUAGUUACUGCAAUAUGAUGCAUGCUUUUUAAUGACUUGCUAGAUUUAACUUACUUAUUCUUCAGUAUAAUUUAAGAGAACAACUGGGGCUAGCAGUUUAAAAUGCAUGCAGACCAACGUUUCACAGAGUCUCUGAAAUGUGUCACUUUGCAUUUUCGCUGCAUAGCCUGAAGAGAAUGUCUUUCCAUAGAUAGGAACCAAACUGUGAUGUUGUGUUUUGAAUGCUGAAUGGUUCCUACUGUUGGGUGGCGGAGGUAUUGAUGUUGCACCCCGCUGCUUUGAGUGGGGGAGGUAUUGAUGUUCCACCCUGCGACGCAAUCUUUUUAUAGUUAGGUUUUCUCGUGGUUAUGUUUGUUUGAGUUACGUUGCCCGUCUUUUUAAAGGAGUUUGUCCGAGAUAUUUUACCUGUUUAAAGAAUGUAUGUAUAAACAUAGAUAUAUCGUAGUAAUUCAUUUUCCCCCAAUUUUUCCAUAGUUGAAUUUAUUUAAUUUGGAAGAUAAUAAUAAUAAGAGAAUCAGGCAUAUUAAUGUGUAUAUGGAUGUGUUGUCAUUGCGCUUUUGUUGUUAAUUAAGUAUAUUUUUCAUGUAGAAAUUCAACAUAUUAAUUUUAAUAAAAGUCAAUGGCCAGUCA